AUGAAUAGAGCAGUUGUUGAUUCUGCUGAAUUUUGCAAGGGCACGACUGAAAAAGUCAAUAAACUAACUGCUGACACCACUACCUUCAUGGAGAACUUCCAAACCACCUUCAACUCCAACACCAUGACAGCCAAUGACGCUUUAAAGAGUCUGGGCUCUCUCUUUAAAACUAAGAAGACAAAGUUGCAAGAGAUUCGCACUGGUCUGAAAACUGACCAUGAAGCGUUUCGACCUCCAUCUCCUCUCAAAUUUCCAAGCUUCAAGAUGAACUGGCAAAGGAGAGUAUUAUGGAGGUGGGGGCUGUCGCCGCCUGAUAGAGACAGGAGCGCGGGUGCAAGCAAAUGGGUCAAUGACUAG